AUGGAAAUGUAUAUUAAGAGAGAUACGCUUAACUUGAUCCGCCAUUUGAUAUCAAUAUUUGAUAUGUCCACGGAACGAAAGCAGGAUCCAAACUCGACACUAUGGGACCCGGACAACACCACCUUUCCUCUAAGGUCUGAGCUUCCAGCGUUAGCCGGGGCCCCGAAAGACGCAGCAUGGGUUUGGGGACCAAACGACAAUCUUGGCCGCUUAAACCUGGUGACCCCUAGUCGAAUUGUAUCAGCUGCAACUGAAAUAAAGUCGGGGGAGUCAUGUAGAGUUGAUCUUCCAUUAAGCAUCCCCGUUAAACCAAGCUUUGGAAGAGAGACCUUUAAACACGACAUUAAGGUGAUUGAAGGCGGAGUUGGUCAUGAUGACCUCUACACACUGAAUACCCAAUCCGGGACGCAAUGGGAUGGUUUCCGUCACAUAUCGCAUGCCCCCAGCAAAUUGUUCUAUAACAAUACAAGAGCUUCGGACAUAACAGGAUCUGACGCAAACGACAAAUGUGGGAUACACCACUGGGCACAAAGAGGCAUAGCUGGACGAGGCGUACUUCUCGACUUUGUCUCCUAUGCGGAAAAGCAUGAUAUCAAGUACGAUUCCGCUUCGUCAUACGCCAUCUCGUUUGAAGAUCUGGUCUCAUGCGGACAAUUUCAAGGGCUUGACAUCCGACCCGCCGCUCAAGGUGGCGACAUCCAGGUAGGAGAUAUUCUGUUUAUUCGAUCCGGCUUCGUCAGAGACUACUUUUCUAGAACGGAAGAGGAGAACAUUCAGAUUGGAUCCCGACAAGAUCAUAUUUGGGCCGGCGUGAAGCAGGAACAAGAAAUGAUAGACUGGUUGCACAACUGCUACUUUGCCGCAGUAGCUGGUGACGCCCCUGCAUUCGAGCGGUGGCCGUCUCCGGAGUCAUACAAGCUACACGAGUACUUGCUAGCUCUUUGGGGCGUACCUAUUGGAGAGAUGCUGGCCUUGGAGGGAGUCAGCGUGCUGGCUAAGAAGCACCAGCGGUGGACGUUUUUCUUCACCACUGCGCCAGCGAACUGUCCUGGGGGUGUCGGUAGUCAUGUAAAUGGAACAGCAAUUUUCUAA